UUUUUUUCUUCGCGAGACACCGUCGUUUGGAAACUACGUAGAAUUUACAUCGUGGCCGCGUCGUCAUCGGUGUAUCGGUGAAAAAAAAAAAAAAAAAAUAAUAAUUCUGAUAAUUCUUGGUGUGCAAGAAGCUUGGAUUGGAGGUAAUUGUUGUUGAAUAGAAAAAUGAAUUAAACGCUUCAAGAUGAGCGACAUAAGGAACGAGAAGAACAUGGAGGCUACAGCCCAGGACGAUUAUGUCCUUCAUCUCCCACGUCCUCUCAGUAUUGAGGAAAAGAAGUACCUGUUGGCCGUGGAGAGAGGUGACUUGCCCAAUGUGAAGAGACUUCUGCAACUUGCAAAUAAGAGAAAAGAGCUAGAUGUAAAUUGCGUAGACAGUCUGGGUCGCGGUGCUCUUACACUGGCAAUAGAAGCGGAAAAUUUAGAAAUGGUUGAGUUGCUCGUCCUGAUGGGAGUCGAAACUAAGGACGCCCUGCUUCAUGCUAUUGAUCAGGAAUUCGUGGAAGCGGUUGAGUUACUGUUAGAACACGAGGAACUUCUUAUGGCAACUCAAGUGACCGAGAAUUCCGAGAAGCCGAUCAUACACAGUUGGCAGAAAGUUGAUCCAGCGUCGGCUCGAUAUCCGACGGAUAUGACACCCCUAGUGCUCGCGGCGCAACGCAAUAAUUAUGAAAUUUUGAAGCUUUUACUGGACAGAGGAGCCACCUUGCCAAUGCCUCACGACGUGAGGUGUGGCUGUGACGAUUGUCUUCAGGCAACUAUCGAUGACCCGUUAAGACUGUCAUCUACCAGGAUUAUUGUAAAUAGAUUCGCUGUUGAUUUGUUGCAACACGUCCGAACUACCACGGAACUAGACACCAUUCUAAAUUAUGAUCCCGAGGAAGAGAAUGCCGAACUCAGCAAACAACUAGCUCGACUGGAGCAGGCUAUUCAAUAUAAGCAAAAGAGAUUUGUCUCGCAUUCUCACGUCCAGCAACUUUUGGCAGCAAUAUGGUACGAAGGAGUUCCCGGAUUCCGAAGAAUGUCAACUUUGCAGAGAGUCGGCAUUCUUGCAAAGACGGCACUUCUAUUCCCAUUCUAUUGUAUCGUAUACUAUCUGAUGCCAGAGUCAAAGAUUGGGCGACUUAUGCGAAGACCUUUCAUGAAAUUCUUAGUUCAUGCGUCAUCUUACUUAUUCUUCUUGUUUGUACUCAUGCUGGUGUCUCAGCGUGCGGAAGUGGAAAUCGUUCGACUCCUGGGCACUCAGGAAAUGAAAAGAAACCUAGAGGCUUACUUGGCUCGGCAAAGAGGCGCGGCCCCGACUCCUUUGGAAGGUAUUGUCGUGCUAUAUGUUUUUGGAUUCGUAUGGGAGGAAACGAGAGAGGUUUACGUGGAUGGCUUGAAGGGAUAUUUACGGGAUAUGUGGAACUUUAUCGACUUUACCAGAAACACACUCUAUUUGGCGACCGGCGUUCUCAGACUGGCGGCUUAUCUUCAGCAGCGCGCCGAAAUACGAACGGAUCCAUCCGCCGCGCUGAUACCGAGAGAGAAUUGGGGUGACUUCGAUUCACAGCUGAUCGCGGAGGGUCUUUUCGCAGCUGCGAAUGUCUUCAGCGCCUUGAAACUCGUUCAUCUUUUCAGCAUCAAUCCGCAUCUGGGGCCGCUUCAGAUAUCAUUGGGCAGGAUGGUAAUCGACAUCGUGAAGUUCUUUUUCAUCUAUACCUUAGUGUUAUUUGCCUUCGCCUGCGGCUUGAACCAGUUACUGUGGUAUUUUGCGGAGCUGGAGAGGCAGAAAUGUUACAGCGGAAUGUUGGAUCCCUCGUGGGACGCCGGCAGUGAUGCCUGCUUAAGAUGGAGAAGAUUCAGCAAUCUGUUUGAAUCGUGUCAGAGUCUCUUCUGGGCCAGUUUCGGUAUGGUCGGCAUUGAAAGCUUCGAACUCACCGGAAUCAAGUCGUACACUCGAUUCUGGGGCCUGUUGAUGUUCGGAUCGUAUUCCGUGAUCAACGUGAUUGUCCUGCUAAAUUUAUUGAUAGCUAUGAUGAGCAACAGCUAUGCCGUUAUUGAGGAACAUUCCGACACGGAGUGGAAAUUCGCAAGAACGAAGUUAUGGAUGAGUUACUUCGAGGACAGCGGAACCCUUCCACCGCCCUUCAAUAUCUUCCCGCCGCCAAAAUUGCUUUUCCGAUUGUUCGGCCUGCGGAAGAAAACUAUCGGUAGACGCUGCAGUCAACGUCGACGUGCACGCGAAUACAAAUACGGAGCAGUCAUGAGAGCUUUGAUAUGGCGCUACGUUGUCAAUGCGCAUAGCGAGCACGAAAUGGAACCUGUCACCGAAGACGACGUCCACGAGCUCAAGACCGACUUGUCGUCCUGGAGAUGCGAACUUCUGGAUAUCCUGCAUAGAAACGGCAUGGACAUCGGUGACGUCGACAAAAAGGAAAAAACUGUACUGGGUAAGAAGAUGAAGAUCUGGGAAAGAAGACUCAUGAAAGACUUCCAAGUGGCAGGUCCGGUAAAUCCAGGUGAAGUUGAUCUGCAAGAAGAGACAGCUCUUCACGAAGCACGCGAAGACGAGAGCAAUAUCGAGAGAUGGAAAAGAAUCGCCAGAUUAGCCGUAUUAACAUCGGCCGAACAUCGUUGGCGUCAAGUCGUGAAAAACGCAGUUAAAAGCUCUCAAAUCGGCAAAAGCUGCAGCAAGGCGUCACUGCAGAGUCAGCAGAGUUUAAAGAGAGCUAUGGAGGAGGCGAAACGCCUGGCACAGAGGAGCCCGUUGCCAGCAGUUGUACCAGUCGAAUUGCCGGAAACUACCGCGGCGACGAUACUUCAUGUUCUGCACGAAAUUGUUGAGACCGACAAAGACGAUACAAAGACAUCUGGAUUUAAAAAAGACAGACCUUCGGAGCCAAUUAGAAAUGGUGUUGGAGCUCAACCGUCAAUUGAGUCAAUUUUACAGACUAGAUCCUCGGUAGAUUUCGUUGAUGAAGUGACGAAAGCCACUGCACCCUUAUUACCGCUUCGUUCAUCGCCACCACGAGUAAUCAAGAGGAAAGCACCUCUUCAACCUGUGCAAUCGUCAACAUCUGCUCAAUCUACUACUCAAUCUACUCAAUCCUCGAUUAUCGAUAACACUACUUUGCCAAUCAGUACAAUGUCCGUUACUACGAAUACUACAACACCCGUAAUUACUACUUCUGCCACUAUGAAGACUGCUACUAUCUCUACUACUUCUUCUACUGAUAUCAAACCCAGCGCUACUAUUACUACUGCAACUACUAUCACUACUACUACUACUAUUACUACUACUACUACUAUUGCUACUUCUACUACUAUGACUAAUACUGCCAAACCUAUUGCUACUUCUACUACUGCGAAAUCUACUGCUACUACUUCUGUUAUUACGAAAACUUCUAGCUCUUCCAUGGAGAAUCAAAGCAGACCUGCCGUCGCAUCCAUGGAUAUACCUUCGACUAUUAAAGAUGGAAGCAGUUCGAUCAGGGCACGGCCAAAAGUUUCAUACAGUCCUAAACUUCCAAGUAUUAUCCCAUCGUUAACGGUUACGAGUUCGGAUAGUGAUGACCGAGAAAAACUCGUAGGCAUUACACCGCGCAGUAAACCAUCGAGAGGAGGAUGGCUUUAAAACAGGAUGACAAAAGAGUUUAAUCAAUUUGAAAGGAUAUCUAUAAUAUUUUUAUAAUUAUAGUUAAUAUAAAAAUUUAUAUUUUUUUAAUUUUCAUAAUUUUUCUUUUUUAUAUUUCAUAUGUCGAUAAAAGUUUAAAGAUGUAAUUUCAAAUCUUCCUCAAAGUUUUAAAAUAACAACAUAAAAACUUGAUUUUAGAAAGUUUACAGAAAUUGUAAAAGCAUCUUCACCGAGUUACUUUAUUUAAAAAGAUACAGAGUUAUUAUAAAC